UAGACGCGUGACGAAAAUGCUGCUUCCAAUCGGAAACUAAACAAAACAUGUCAACAUGGCGGUUUGCACGAGUGAAAAUGGUUCAAAUGGAAAACUCGAAUUCUUUUUAAAGGUACCAUUCCCCACGGAGAGAGAGGCAGUUAUUGCCCUGCAGUCUCUAUCCCCUGAUCCAGAACCUAGAAAAGGAGGAAUCGCCAAAACUAUGGUUGUUUCAGGACAAACACUGUCUGUGAGAUGGACUGCAGAUGAAGCUCGUAUUCUUCGUGUUUCAGUAAGUUCUUUCUUGGAUCACUUGUCUCUAGUGAUGGAAACUUUGGAUGCAUUCGGAUCACCUGUUUCACAAUGACACUUGGUGAGAAGAACAGGUGAAUGAGAACAGAUUCAGAUGCUGGAAGAGCACCAGGUGUCACAAGCUGGGCAUUGAAGAUGUCUGAGGGAGAUAUCGACUUCCAUGUGGUCAGGAUGGACUUCUAGGACUUGUACUUUAAUGGAAAAAGUGUUAUUGAAUAUGCCUUUGUUCUGUUGGUGGAAUGCAGUGCAUCUUGUUGAUUUGUGUUUUUGUCAAGAAAAGGUUGAAUUGGGUAAAAGGUUAAUAGUAAGACUUUAAAAAAGGAAGCAGGAUGAUUUUUCAUUUGAAUAGAGAUUUAUUAAUGGAGAAUUGUUCAGAAAAUAAUAAUGAGGGAUGAUUUAACAAUCUCCCAGAAAUGUGGUUGUUGUAUAAAAGAGGAACAAAUGUUUAUUGUAUUCUAUUGGCAGACAUCACUAAGAUUAACUUUUUUAAUCAUAAUGAUCUACAAUACUGGCAGACAGAAAUAAAGACAACAUGUUAGAAAAAUGA